CAAGGCUGUUCGGGUGCAUAGCGACAAUUCCACAACCGUCGCAUACAUCAACAGACAGGGUGGAACCCGCAGCAAGGCCGCCUUGGCAGAAGUGCAACAGAUUCUACUCUGGGCGGAGGCCAGUUCCGUAAGGCUUUCCGCCAUUCACAUUCCGGGAGUGGACAACACCAGGGCCGAUUUUCUCAGUCGGCACCUCCUAGAUCCAGGAGAGUGGGAGCUUCACCCGGAAACAUUUGCGGAGAUCGUCCGUCAUUGGGGGAUUCCCGAGAUCGAUUUAAUGGCGUCCAGAGUCAAUCGCAAGGUGCCCAACUUCUUCGCUCGCUCACGCGAUCCUCUGGCAGUGGGCAUAGAUGCCAUGACACAGACCUGGCACUUCGACCUCGCCUACGUCUUCCCUCCUCUUCCCAUGCUUCCUCGGGUGCUGAAAAAGAUCAGGCAGUCUCACGUCACCGCGAUCGUGAUAGCCCCUUUUUGGCCCCGGAGAACUUGGUUCUCGGAUCUUCAGGAGAUGUCCGUCGCACAACCUCUGCGACUGGCCCCGCGGACCGACCUGCUUCUUCAAGGCCCCAUUGCUCAUCACAAUCCGGGCCUCUUCGCUUUGACGGGAUGGCUGUUGAGGCCGCCAUCUGGAGACGAAAGGGGAUAGCGGAAGAUGUUAUCAUCACCAUGUUGAAGUCCCGCAAGGCUACUUCUUCCAAGGCCUAUCACAGAGUUUGGCGUAACUACUGGACCUGGUGCAGGGAAACCGCCGUCCCCUCUGCUGAUUCUUCCUUCAUGGACUGUGUCAUCCCUCGAGUUUUGUCCUUCCUUCAAAGGGGUUUGCAGUUGGGCCUGAAACUCAGCUCCUUGAAGGUACAGGUGUCAGCUCUCUCGGUGUUGCUUCAAUCCCGUUUGGCCUUGGAUGACUCAGUCCGUACUUUUCUCCAAGGAGUGGCUCAUGUCGCCCCUCCUUUCCGCCCUCCGACUCCGAGUUGGGAUCUCAAUAUUGUUCUGGAUGCUCUUUUAGAUCCUCCCUUUGAACCUCUAGCAUCAGUUUCCGAUGACUGGCUCACUCGGAAGGUGGUUUUUCUUGUGGCGAUCUCUUCUGCGAGACGAGUUUCGGAGCUCUGCGCACUAUCCUGUGAUCCGCCCUUCCUUGUUUUUCACAGAGACAAGGCCGUACUCCGCACGGUUCCAUCAUUCCUACCCAAGGUGGUGACGUCCUUUCACAUCAACCAGGAGAUUGUGGUACCGUCCCUGUGUCCGGAUCCCAAGAAUGACAAGGAACGAAGACUUCAUGGUUUGGAUGUGGUCAGAGCGCUCCGGUGGUAUCUGGACAGAUCCAAGUCCUUCCGCCGUUCGCAGUCCCUGUUCGUUCUGCCCACAGGGACUCGGAGGGGCUUGGCUGCGUCCAAGUCUUCUAUUGCCCGAUGGCUCCGGGAAACCAUCGCGAAGGCCUAUUUAGCCAAAGGUAAGUCGCCCCCCAGAAGGUGUUCGAGCCCACUCUACAAGAUCAGUGGGAGCUUCCUGGGCAUGGCGCAACUCGGCCUCUUUGGACCAGAUCUGCAGAGCGGCUACCUGGUCUUCUGUCCACACAUUUACUAAAUUCUAUUGUCUCGACACGUUUUCCUCGGCCGAAGCCUCCUUUGGUCGUAAGGUGUUGCACUCUGUGGUGCAAUAAUGUGUCAUUGUCUCGCUCCCUCCCUGCUUCUUUUGUUGGGGCUGCUUUGUUAAGUCCCCAUCUGUCCCUGUGUCCCCCUUGAGACGACAGAGAAAACAGGAUUUUUUGAUACUCACCGUUAAAUCUGUUUCUCUGUAGUCGAUAAGGGGGACACAGGGCUUCCCGCCCUUCAGCGAGUUGGAUCUAUUGGUCCACAAGUGAAAUGUUUUCCUGUUUACCAGUUCUGCAGUUUCUUGUUUAUCUUUAGCAGUCGCUUUGGUACUAACUGAAUGGUUUAUUACUAGGUUGGGUUAAGCCAUGGUCUUGGCACGCCCCUUUCUGUUUUUAUUCUAAGUGUCCUGCCUCCUAGAGGGUGGAGCUUAACCCCAUCUGUCCCUGUGUCCCCCUUAUCGACUACAGAGAAACAGAUUUAACGGUGAGUAUCAAAAAAUCCUGUUAUUUACAAGAGGGGGUACUUUAUUCACUGUAUACACUCCAAAUGGUUUCCAUGCUUCUCAGUCAUGUCUGACUAAUGGGAGAAGGAAUCUAACCAGUGGGACUUCUGAUUGGUCAAUAUAAUAAAUGAAAAUAAUGAAAUCCCUGGCUCUUGUCCAUAGGCCAACAAUCAGAGAUACUGCAGGAGGCAUCAGUUCCCAUAAUCAGCAGCUCCAUGUGCAACCAGCCUGAAUACUACAUACACUACAUAGUUAAAUCUGUUAUGACUUUGUGCCUCCUACAGGGGGACAGUGGGGGUCCGUUUGUGUGUGAGGACAAUUUAUCGCGCUCUUCCAGGUGGCGUCUGUGUGGCAUAGGGAGCUGGGGCAUAGGAUGUGCAAUGCCAAACAAACCCGGGGUAUAUGCCAAGGUGGACCAGUACCAGUACUGGAUCUACAGGGCCAUGAAGACAAAAUCCGAUGUAGCUGGGAUUACUGAGAUGCCAUAAGCAGACAAGGAGACCCUCAGAAUGACAAGAUCCCACUCUUUUCCAGCCUGUGACCAGUGUUUGUCAAUACCAGACCUUCAGCUUCCACACAAUGAGGAACUGCAGUUGCAACUGCAAUUGGCAUCAUUCCCUUCUUCUACAGCGCUACUUUUAUAGUCACAGGGACGUCACACUGGAACUACAAUUUGCUACUACCACGUUAUUGCUGGGAAAAUAAGGGGCACGUUUUUUUGCACCCCUGUGACUGAACUUAGACUUUAAUUGUACUGUAUAUGCCUAAUCAGAUGGAUAUAGCACUUGGGGCACUACUCCAAGUCUGUUCCUGGUUUAAGAGAUUGUCAAGUCUCUACACCCUGACCAACUCUCAUCCAGAAAAUUUUAGAAUGAAA